AACCACCACGAAGAGCGCGCCUACAAAAAAAAAAAAAAGAAGAAAAAAAAGGAAGAAUGGUGCUGGACCUUGACGCAUGCAUAGAAUCCCUCUUCCAACGGCAACUCCUGGCCGAGUCCGUGAUCAAGGAGAUCUGUGAAAAGACAAAAGAACUUCUCAUGUCUGAGAGCAAUGUCGUCCAUAUCAAGGCGCCAGUCACGGUCGUGGGCGAUAUCCAUGGGCAGUUCUACGAUCUACUCGAGAUAUUCAAAAUAGGUGGAUACUGCCCCGAUACGAACUAUCUCUUUCUCGGCGACUAUGUGGAUCGAGGACUGUACAGCGUGGAAACCAUCUCUAUCCUGACAUGUCUUAAGCUGCGCUACCCAGACAGAGUCCAACUCGUCCGCGGCAACCACGAAUCGCGUGCGGUGACUCAGACAUAUGGAUUCUACACAGAGUGCAUGAAGAAAUACGGCAGUGCGCAGGUGUGGCACUACUUUACAGAUCUCUUUGACUACCUCACACUCUCGGUCGUCAUCGACAACAUGAUUUUUUGCGUCCAUGGGGGGUUGUCGCCAUCCAUCCACACAAUAGACCAGAUCAAAGUUAUGGAUCGCUUCAAAGAAAUCCCGCAUGAAGGUCCCAUGGCGGAUCUCGUGUGGUCUGACCCGGAUCCAGGACGAGAAGAAUUUGCAGUCUCACCGAGAGGCGCAGGAUACACAUUCGGAAGUUUGGUGGUCGAGAAAUUCCUGCACGAGAACGGGAUGGACCAUAUUCUGCGCGCACACCAGCUCUGCAUGGAAGGUUUCCAAGUUCUCUUUGACGACCGACUCUCGACCGUUUGGUCCGCACCGAAUUAUUGUUACCGCUGUGGCAAUCUCGCCUCGAUCCUCGAGGUCGGCGUCGAGGGCGAGCGGCAUUUUAAUGUCUUUGAGGCCGCACCAGAAAACGAGCGGCCAUCCGCUGCAGAAUCACACCGGACCCUGUUUUCGAACGGUGUGCCGACGGGCCUGUUUAGUAAUGGGAUCGGCACCAUCGCUACCGGGGAUGGAGUAGGCGUAAACACUAAUGGUGGUCUGGGCUUCUCAAACUCGUCCGAUCCAGUUCAGGAUACAAUCCAUUAUUUUUUGUGAGCUGGGACGUUGCUGCUCCAACUUUACAUCCUAAGAAAAAAAACUCAUGUAUGAUAAGAUGGCGCACAAUAGAUCCAAUACCUUUCUUCAAGUUUACAAUUUUCCUGUGAAUGAUGUAUUUUACAAUUUCAAAAUAAAAGUACAAGGCGAC